CUCAACCUGAAAAUGGGUUCGACAGGCUUGCUUAGUUCUUUGCAUAUGAUAUUGAAUGCAGUUUGCAUUGUGCAGGCGCUUGUUGCGCCGACUGAAAUAUACACUGGAAGCAACUUGGCAGCCACAAGCAAUGACACGGCAUUGCGUAUAGCCACUGGAGGAGCUGGGCAGAGUGGUCUAGUCAAAGCCCUUGCCGACGCCUUCAUCAAUGAGAGCAUUGCCAAUGGCUCACAGGCUUUCACCAUCGGAUGGGUCUUGAGCGAUACAACCUUUACUAUCAAGAACCUCCAGUCCGGCGAAGCAGACCUCGGCAUCUCCUAUAUCCCAGCAGCUGAGCAGCUUGCCGCCGAGCAAGGUAUAAUCAACGUGCAGACUGGAUACUACUACCUCUUCCGCGACCACUUCAUCAUCGCCGGUCCGCCCGAGAACCCAGCCGGCGUCAACAGCAGCAUGAGCACGACUACGAUUUUUGCAAAGAUCUACCAAGCGGGAGAGCUCAAUACUGCGAGGACACCAGUGCCUACACGUUUUUUGACGCGCUACGACAAGUCCGCGACAAACCUCAAGGAGUCUACGCUAUGGCUUGGUAUUGGUCAAGUGCCCUGGGCUCUGCCGUACUCGACCUGGUAUCACCAGUUUUCUGCCUUCCCAAUCCAGGCUUUGAGCACAGCGAGCUUGUUGAAGGAGUACACCCUGACGGAUCGAGGUACUUUCUUGUCGCUGCAGGCGUUAUCACCAAAUCUUACGGCCGCGCUGCGUCAGUUUAAGGUUGGCACAGAUGAUGAGAGCGAUCCGUUAUUACUACCGGGACAUCUCCUUGUUGGUAACAAGGCGAGAAACGCUACCCUUGCACAGCAGUUUGCGAAGUGGGCGGCAAGUGCAAGAGGUCAGAUUGUGGUGACUGGAUUUCAGAAGAACGGAACGCAGCUGUAUAGCGGAGCGCCCUAGAGGCAGUCUUGAUUUGUCAGCAGGUGUCAUUAGUUGCUCUGGAUGUGUGGAUUAUAUUGCAAGACCAGAUGCUUCCUUCCCGAGUAUGUCAUAAUUCAUUUGAUUUUGCUAGUUUCAUCUAGCCCCAAGUCAUAAAGAACUUUAGCAAAAGUGGGCAAAUUUAUAGUACAUCCCAGACGAGG